AUGCUUGGCUGGAGGCGGCUGGCUCUGGCCGGCUCCCAGGUGCUGCGCCGCGGCGCCGGGGGCCUGGAUGCUGCCGGGCGCUUCGGGAACAGAACAGACAUCUGGCUGUUAGUUAGAAGUCUCCAUGGCAAGAGUGGCACUUGGUGGGAUGAGCAUCUUUCUGAAGAAAAUGCUGAGUUUGUUAAGCAGAUGGUCUCCGAAGAAAAUAAAGCUCAAUUAGCAAGUAAAUUGUGCCCUCUGAAAGAUGAACCGUGGCCUAUACAUCCUUGGGAGCCAGGUUCCUGUAGAGUAGGCCUUGUCGCAGUGAAGCUGGGAAUGAUGCCUUUAUGGACCAAAGAUGGUCAAAAGCAUGUGACCACAUUACUUCAGGUACAGGACUGUCAUGUGCUACGAUAUACUCCAAAGGAAAAUAAUGAUGGGAAAAAUGCAACUCUCACUGUAGGAGGAAAAACCGUAUCCCGUUUUUAUAAACGUAAAUCCAUAUUGGAAUUUUAUCAAGAACUUGGAUUGCCACCAAAACAGAAAAUUAAAAUCUUUCGUGUAACAGAUAAUGCUGUAAUUAAGCCAGGUACCCCUCUUUAUGCUGCUCACUUUCGCCCAGGACAGUAUGUGGAUGUCACAGCCAAAACCAUUGGUAAAGGGUUUCAAGGUGUCAUGAAACGAUGGGGAUUUAAAGGCCAGCCUGCUUCUCAUGGUCAAACGAAAACUCACCGGAGACCUGGAGCUAUUUCAACUGGUGAUGUCGCCAGAGUCUGGCCUGGAACUAAAAUGCCUGGGAAAAUGGGAAACAUAGAUAGGACAGCAUUUGGACUGAAAGUGUGGAGAAUAAAUACAAAGCACAAUAUAAUCUAUGUAAAUGGCUCUGUACCUGGACAUAGAAAUUGCUUAGUAAAGAUCAAAGAUUCUAUACUACCUGCAUAUAAGGAUUUCUCCAAAAAUCUACCAUUCCCUACCUAUUUUCCUGAUGGAGAUGACGAGGAACUACCAGAAAAUUUAUAUGAUGAAAAUAUGUGUCUACCCAGUGCACCUUCUAUUACAUUUGCCUAA